AUGGGGUCUCAGGUGCCCGUGCCAGGCCGCGGCCGUGACUCAGGCCCCGUGUUCAGCGGCGUCGCUGCUGAGGUCAUCGAGGACACCCUGAUGCACCUGGCCACGGAGAACGAGCAGUACCUGAGCGAGCUGCCAGAGCAGGCUGGGCUCUUCAAAGAGACACGGAUCGUGGAAUUCAUAUUCCUUUUGUCUGAAAAAUGGCACUUGGACCAGUCCACACGGUACCAGGCAGUGGAGUUGCUUGAACGGUUCAUGAUCAAGCAGGUAGAACAGAUGUGUGAUGGCAGAGGGAGCACCAAAGGUCGUGAGCAAGGCCAGAGGAGCAGCUGGAGCUCUGUGAGGGAUCACAUCACCAACACCUUUGUCCUGAGACUCGUGUCCUGUGUUCAGCUUGCCAGCAAACUCUCUCUGCACUACAGUAGAGUGACCAGUGACACAGCUUUAACAUUUCUGCAAUCCUUAAAAUACUCCUACACUAAACAGGAAUUGCUGGAGUCGGAGCUUGCUGUUUUAAACACUCUGCACUUCCACAUCAAUGUGUCAACUCCCUUGGCCUAUGUGGAAUUGCUCCUGGAGGUUCUAGGAUACAAUGGCUGCUUGCUUCCUGCCAAGCCCUUACACCAGCUGUGUGUGCAGCUGCUGGACUUCUGCUACCUGACCAGAGAGACCAUCUAUGACACUCUGCUGAAGACUGCCAUCGAGAACUCCACACCAAGCAAACUGCAGAUAGCCAAGUUUUUAACAGUGAAGGAAGAUUUCAUGCUGCUGGCUGUUGGAGUCAUCAGUACAGGUGUGUUCAUCCUGAGCCCCGGGCACUGGGAGCAGGUGUUCUUUUAUUUUCUCCAGGUUGUGGAGCAUUUGAACUGCAUCACUGGCAUUACUCCCCAGAGCAUCCUGGAGUUCUCCUACGCCGUGGUGAGGCGCAUCGUUGGCAGCACCACACCUGAGCAGCACCGUGGCAACUGUGGCACCAGAUCUCCUGAGGACAGAAUUCCUCCUCAGAAAUAGAACCACCCUGGCCAUCCAGGCAGCAGCAGCAGGAAUUGUCACACUGCUGGGAACUGUCCCUCCUCUGUGACACUGCCCAGGCACCCAGCACAGCUCAGCGUUACCUGAAUUCUGUCACAUCUUAAUUAGCAAAGCUCGUCCUGCCAGGUAUCACAGUCAUGCUCUGAAAGGAGCCCAACAGCACCACAGUGUUUAGAAAUGCCCUAAAAGCUUUACUGUAACAGCUGCAUUUUUAAAUUUUGAAUCUAAGCUCCCUUUAACCAGAGACCCCUCAGGGUGGUUGUGUUUGGAAGGUGCUGCCAUGCCUGGUGGGACCAGCUCUCACAAAUGGGGCUGCUCUGUCUCCUGCUGCUUUUAUAAAACCCCUGUCCCAGCUGCCUGUGACUGUCACCACAGCAGUGCCCAGCCUGGGUGUCCCUGCCAGUGCCAGGGGUUUGUGCUGUGCCAGGCACUGCUGGAAACACCUGGAAUAAUUUCAUUGUUUCCUCAGCACAGCCCUGUGCAGGAACAGGCUGCAGGAGGGACUGCAGUGCUGUAAUGGUAUCAAACUUUGCUAAGUGCAGCAGCACAAAGAAGUGCUGAUAUGACUUAGGAAAUAUUUUAUUUUAAACUCUUUAAUGACCAGGCAGAGUUCUGGCAGUUUUCCCACAUUAUUUCCUGUGUUUGUAAUGUCCUGCUUUUCCAACCUUGCAUUAGCUGUAACAGAGCAGCAUCAAACUGAUGCUCAUUUGACAAUGAUUUAUGUGCAUGGCCAUAAACCCCAAAAAUAACAGUUUAGAAUCCAUUUAAUAGCUGGGUUUUAUUCUAUUCAGCUCAAUGAUACAACUUUGCAUAUUGCUUUUCUAUUAACUACUUGUAAUAAUGGCAUUUUAAAAUAAAGUGUCUUGUGGAUUUUUGGUAUUGUAAACAU